CCCGACACGCGUGAUCUAGAAUCGUCUUCCGUCUGUCAAGCUCCGCGGCCCAUCUCGAGCACUCGCCCCGCGGCCAUGAAGGAUCCCUUUGAGGCGGCCGUCGAGGAGCAGGAGUCGCCGCCGGACUCGCCGGCGCAGCCCGAGGAGGACGCCGCCGCAGAGGCACCCCACGCGAUCUCCGAGGAUUAUGACGGCGGCGCAGCCUCCGGUGGCCCGCGCGCCCCGCCGCCGCGGCCGCAGCCUUCGUCGCAUGCCGGGCCCUCCACCUCGGUCGCCCCGGCCUUGCCUAGGACCAAGGUCCGGCACCAGAAGGAGCAAGAUGACGACGACGACGAGGAAGACCACAUGGAGGUUGACCUCGACAAGCUGCCCUCCGGCACCAGCGACCCCGACAAGCUUGCCAAGAUGAAUGCUCUACUGUCCCAAUUUACUGAAGACCAGAUGAACCGGUAUGAGUCAUUUCGGAGAUCUGGAUUCCAGAAAUCGAACAUGAAAAAGCUAUUGGCGAGUAUUACUGGAAGUCAGAAGAUAUCUAUGCCAACAACGAUUGUGGUAUCAGGAAUAGCAAAGAUGUUUGUUGGUGAGGUUAUUGAAACAGCUAGAAUAGUUAUGACUGAGAGGAAGGAUUCUGGACCCAUCAGACCUUGCCACAUCAGAGAAGCAUACCGAAGAUUGAAGCUUGAAGGGAAGAUCCCAAAGCGAUCUGUUCCAAGGCUCUUCCGCUAGAAUUGAAGCUUGUAUGUUGAUGCCACUCAGAACCUGUAUGAUUCUAUUCAUUUUACUUUGGUUUUCAAUGUUCUCUUUAUUUGCCAUCACAAAAUGAGCAAAGAACAAGCUGAGUCCCAAGGGGAAGUAUGAUGCUGCUGCUCUGUAUUGGCUGUAAGGUCGUGUCUGUUAACUAGCUGUACCGUGGCAACAAUCGUGUCCGUUGAAUCUGGUGGCAAUUCAUUUCGUGACAUGAUCCA